AUGCUUGAACUCUGUGCACCUAUCUACACAGUCCACGACAACUUUAUUACACCAUAUCUUUCUACCAGAAAGAUACCUAGAAUUUAUAGCAAUGUCUUUAGUAGAUUGGGUGCUCCACUCUCAAUCAAUAAGUUAAUCAAUAUGAACAUCAUUGAGCCAACGUUCUCUAACUACAUGGAUGUCAUAGAUGUUACAGCCUUAAUCUCUUCUCAGAAAGAAGACUGGUUCUCUAACAUACAACCUCAUUGCUAUCACACUGUCAGUGAGCCUAUUCCACAUGACCACCUUCGAGCUAUCUUAUACAAUUUGAUACCAAAGGGUCGAUUUGAACUACCUUUUCUGGUACUGGUGCUGAUACCAGUGUUGCGACUGAGAUAUGCUUUGGUAAAGAGUAGGCUAAGCACUGAUAUAGUUGUGGAGCAGAUCUCUCAUCCAAGCCUAUUAGUAGACAGGGAAUACCAGUUGUUCAAUCAACAACUGUGCCAACCAAACCAAUACUACAUGGGAAAGAAGGAGUUAAGCCAGUCUUUCUUCUAUUACGAAGAAGUCUAUUCUCGUCACUGGUUGAUCGAUGAGUCCACAGGCAUCCGGAGCAGUUUAUGUAACUGA